GGCAGCAGUUGCAAUCAAAGCGGUUCGCAGAAAAGAGAAAGUUUGGCUUUGUAGAUGCUCAGAAAGAAGAUAUGCCAGCUGAACAUAUAAGAAAGAUUAUUAGAGAUCAUGGUGAUAUGAGUAGUAGAAAGUAUCGUCAUGACAAACGUGUCUACUUAGGAGCUUUGAAGUAUAUGCCACAUGCUGUUAUGAAACUGUUAGAAAAUAUGCCUAUGCCUUGGGAACAAAUAAGAGAUGUAAAGGUUUUAUAUCAUAUUACUGGAGCUAUUACAUUCGUCAAUGAGAUUCCUUGGGUUAUAGAACCUGUAUAUAUAGCUCAAUGGGGUACUAUGUGGAUCAUGAUGAGACGAGAAAAAAGAGAUCGUAGACACUUCAAGAGAAUGAGAUUCCCACCUUUUGAUGAUGAGGAGCCUCCUCUAGAUUACGCCGAUAACGUUUUGGAUGUUGAACCAUUAGAAGCUAUACAAAUUGAACUUGAUUCAGAAGAAGACGAAUCUGUGGCAUCAUGGUUUUAUGAACACAAGCCAUUAAUCGGAACAAAACAUGUUAAUGGAUCUACAUACCGGAGAUGGAAUCUAACACUACCACAAAUGGCCACUUUGUACCGUUUGGCUAAUCAAUUGUUAACCGACUUAGUAGAUCAGAACUUCUUUUAUCUAUUUGAUCCCAAGUCAUUCUUUACUGCAAAAGCUUUAAAUAUGGCAAUCCCAGGAGGACCGAAAUUUGAACCAUUGGUAAAAGAUUCGAAUGCUGCUGACGAAGAUUGGAACGAGUUUAAUGACAUAAAUAAAAUCAUCAUUAGGCAACCUAUUAGAACAGAAUAUAGAAUUGCGUUUCCUUAUUUAUAUAAUAAUAUGCCUCAUUUUGUGCAUCUUUCAUGGUAUCAUGCACCAAAUGUUGUAUAUAUAAAGACCGAAGAUCCAGAUUUACCUGCAUUCUAUUUCGAUCCACUGAUCAAUCCAAUCUCUCAUAGAAAUUCACUGAAGACGAUGGAGCCACAAAUUGAGGAUGAUGAAGAUUUUGUUUUGCCUGGUGAAGUGCAACCAUUCCUUCAAGAGAUACCUCUUUAUACCGAUAAUACAGCGAAUGGAAUAGCACUUUUAUGGGCGCCAAGGCCAUUUAACACACGUUCCGGUAGAACGAGAAGGGCUAUUGAUAUUCCAUUGGUCAAAUCAUGGUACAGAGAACAUUGUCCGCCCGGACAACCUGUAAAAGUGCGAGUCAGUUAUCAGAAAUUGCUGAAAUAUUUCGUAUUGAACGCUUUGAAGCAUAGGCCACCGAAACCGCAGAAGAAACGCUAUUUAUUCCGUUCAUUCAAGUCAACCAAGUUCUUCCAGACGACAACGAUAGAUUGGGUAGAAGCUGGUCUACAAGUAUGUCGCCAAGGAUAUAACAUGUUGAAUCUAUUAAUACAUCGAAAAAAUCUGAAUUAUCUUCAUUUGGAUUACAAUUUUAACUUGAAGCCCGUCAAGACGCUUACGACGAAAGAGAGAAAGAAAUCGCGCUUUGGUAACGCUUUCCAUCUGUGUCGUGAGAUUCUUCGGUUGACCAAACUCAUUAUCGAUUCUCACGUUCAGUAUCGAUUGAAUAAUGUAGAUGCUUUUCAGCUCGCUGAUGGACUGCAAUAUAUUUUCGCGCACGUUGGUCAAUUAACCGGCAUGUAUCGUUACAAGUAUAAAUUAAUGCGUCAGAUUAGGAUGUGCAAAGAUUUGAAACAUUUAAUCUAUUAUCGCUUCAACACCGGGCCAGUUGGCAAAGGACCAGGUUGUGGAUUCUGGGCGCCUGGCUGGCGCGUCUGGUUGUUCUUCAUGAGAGGCAUUACUCCGCUGUUGGAGAGAUGGCUGGGCAAUUUAUUAUCAAGACAAUUCGAAGGUCGCCAUUCGAAAGGUGUGGCGAAAACAGUGACGAAGCAACGAGUCGAAUCGCACUUUGAUCUCGAGUUACGAGCAUCCGUUAUGCAUGACAUAGUCGAUAUGAUGCCUGAAGGAAUAAAGCAGAACAAAGCGCGGACUAUUCUUCAACAUCUGAGCGAAGCCUGGCGUUGUUGGAAAGCAAAUAUCCCAUGGAAAGUGCCAGGUCUACCAAUUCCAAUUGAAAACAUGAUAUUGCGUUAUGUCAAGAUGAAAGCCGACUGGUGGACGAAUACAGCUCAUUAUAACCGAGAGAGAAUUCGACGCGGUGCCACGGUGGAUAAAACUGUCUGUAAGAAAAAUCUCGGUCGUUUGACACGUCUCUAUCUGAAGGCUGAACAAGAACGACAGCAUAAUUAUUUGAAGGAUGGUCCAUACAUAUCACCGGAGGAAGCCGUAGCCAUAUUUACUACUUCGGUACAUUGGCUAGAAUCUCGAAGAUUUGCGCCGAUACCUUUCCCGCCGUUAUCUUAUAAACAUGACACGAAACUGCUGAUAUUGGCUUUGGAACGCCUGAAAGAAGCCUAUAGUGUUAAAUCUAGAUUGAAUCAAAGUCAACGGGAAGAGCUAGGUUUGAUAGAACAAGCAUAUGAUAAUCCGCAUGAAGCACUAUCUAGAAUUAAAAGACAUUUGCUCACACAGAGAGCUUUUAAGGAGGUUGGCAUCGAGUUUAUGGAUCUUUAUAGUCAUUUGAUUCCUGUGUACGACGUAGAGCCGCUCGAAAAAAUUACGGAUGCCUAUCUCGAUCAGUAUUUGUGGUAUGAAGCAGACAAGAGGCGACUAUUUCCACCAUGGGUGAAACCGGCCGAUACAGAACCACCACCACUCCUUGUCUAUAAGUGGUGCCAAGGUAUCAAUAAUCUCCAGGAUGUGUGGGAUGUCAGUGAGGGCGAGUGCAAUGUAUUGCUCGAAUCGAAAUUUGAAAAAUUGUAUGAGAAGAUCGAUCUUACGUUGCUCAACAGACUGUUGCGUUUAAUAGUCGAUCACAACAUCGCUGAUUACAUGACAGCGAAAAAUAAUGUUGUUAUCAAUUAUAAGGAUAUGAAUCAUACUAACAGUUAUGGCAUUAUUAGGGGAUUGCAAUUCGCAUCCUUUAUUGCUCAAUAUUAUGGACUGGUAUUGGAUCUGCUUGUACUAGGUCUUCAACGAGCCAGUGAGAUGGCCGGUCCGCCGCAAAUGCCAAACGAUUUUUUAACAUUCCAGGAUGUCGCUUCCGAGACAGCACAUCCGAUCCGACUGUAUUGUCGGUAUGUCGAUAGAAUACAUCUAUUUCUGCGCUUCUCUGCCGACGAAGCGAGAGAUCUUAUUCAGCGUUAUCUCACUGAACAUCCUGAUCCAAACAAUGAGAACAUUGUUGGAUAUAACAAUAAAAAGUGCUGGCCGCGGGACGCCCGUAUGAGGCUGAUGAAACACGACGUGAAUCUGGGUCGCGCCGUUUUUUGGGAUAUCAAGAAUCGUUUACCGCGUUCUACCACCACUAUCCAAUGGGAGAAUAGCUUUGUCAGCGUCUAUAGCAAAGACAAUCCGAAUUUGUUAUUUAACAUGAGCGGCUUUGAAUGUAGAAUUCUGCCCAAAUGUAGAACAACUCACGAGGAAUUUACGCAUCGAGACGGCGUCUGGAAUCUUCAAAACGAGAUAACAAAGGAGAGAACGGCGCAAUGCUUUUUACGCGUUGAUGAUGAGAGCUUGCAGCGUUUCCACAAUCGUGUCAGACAAAUCUUGAUGGCUUCGGGUUCGACUACUUUCACAAAAAUUGUGAACAAAUGGAAUACCGCGUUGAUCGGUUUAAUGACUUAUUUCAGAGAAGCGGUGGUAAAUACGCAAGAAUUAUUAGAUCUGUUGGUCAAGUGCGAAAAUAAAAUUCAGACACGUAUCAAAAUCGGAUUGAACUCGAAAAUGCCUUCGCGUUUUCCGCCUGUCGUCUUUUACACACCCAAGGAAUUGGGCGGUCUAGGAAUGCUGUCGAUGGGUCAUGUUUUGAUACCUCAAUCAGACUUAAGAUGGUCAAAACAAACUGACGUAGGGAUUACGCAUUUUCGUUCGGGUAUGAGCCAUGACGAGGAUCAAUUGAUUCCGAACUUGUACCGUUACAUACAACCGUGGGAAUCAGAAUUUAUCGAUUCUCAACGCGUUUGGGCAGAGUACGCUUUGAAACGGCAAGAGGCCAACGCCCAAAAUCGCAGGCUCACUCUAGAAGAUCUCGAAGACAGUUGGGAUCGCGGUAUUCCCCGAAUAAACACGCUAUUCCAGAAGGACCGCCAUACAUUAGCCUAUGACAAGGGCUGGCGUAUUCGUACCGAGUUCAAACAAUAUCAAGUAUUGAAACAGAAUCCGUUUUGGUGGACUCAUCAACGUCACGACGGAAAACUGUGGAACCUAAACAAUUACAGAACUGACAUGAUCCAGGCGCUCGGAGGUGUCGAGGGCAUUCUGGAGCAUACUCUUUUCAAAGGCACAUAUUUUCCGACAUGGGAAGGUCUAUUCUGGGAAAAGGCAUCUGGUUUCGAGGAGUCUAUGAAAUAUAAGAAGCUGACAAACGCUCAGCGUUCCGGUCUCAAUCAAAUUCCCAAUCGUCGAUUCACUCUGUGGUGGUCGCCUACCAUUAAUCGUGCCAACGUUUACGUCGGUUUUCAAGUGCAGCUUGAUUUGACGGGAAUAUUCAUGCACGGUAAAAUACCGACUCUAAAGAUUUCGUUGAUCCAAAUAUUCCGCGCUCACUUGUGGCAAAAAGUACACGAAUCUAUCGUGAUGGAUCUCUGUCAGGUAUUUGAUCAGGAACUGGACGCGCUGGAAAUCGAGACUGUGCAAAAGGAGACGAUACAUCCGCGAAAAUCUUACAAAAUGAACUCUUCGUGCGCCGAUAUUCUGUUGUUCUCUGCUUACAAGUGGAACGUGUCUCGACCAUCUCUUCUCGCUGAUUCCAAGGAUGUGAUGGAUAACACAACUACGCAAAAGUAUUGGAUCGAUGUUCAAUUGAGAUGGGGCGAUUAUGACUCACAUGACAUCGAGCGAUACGCUCGUGCAAAAUUCCUAGACUACACAACGGAUAACAUGUCUAUCUAUCCGUCACCCACCGGUCUUCUCAUAGCCAUCGAUCUGGCGUACAAUUUGCAUAGUGCCUAUGGUAACUGGUUCCCUGGCUGCAAACCACUCAUACAACAAGCCAUGGCGAAGAUCAUGAAGGCGAAUCCUGCCUUGUAUGUGUUACGCGAACGUAUCCGCAAGGCAUUGCAAUUGUACUCGUCCGAACCGACGGAGCCUUACCUCUCUUCACAAAACUACGGCGAACUCUUCUCCAAUCAAAUCAUAUGGUUCGUCGACGAUACAAACGUAUAUCGUGUGACAAUUCACAAAACUUUUGAGGGCAAUUUAACAACGAAACCGAUCAACGGUGCAAUCUUCAUCUUCAAUCCGCGCACAGGACAACUCUUUCUGAAGAUUAUUCACACCUCUGUCUGGGCGGGCCAAAAGCGUUUAGGUCAGCUGGCCAAGUGGAAGACCGCCGAGGAAGUUGCCGCAUUGAUUCGCUCUCUGCCAGUAGAAGAACAACCGAAACAGAUUAUCGUCACUAGAAAGGGAAUGUUAGAUCCAUUGGAAGUGCACUUGCUAGAUUUCCCCAACAUUGUCAUCAAAGGCUCCGAGUUGCAAUUACCGUUUCAGGCGUGUCUUAAAGUGGAGAAGUUUGGUGAUCUGAUUUUAAAAGCGACCGAGCCGCAAAUGGUAUUGUUUAAUCUUUAUGAUGACUGGUUAAAGACCAUUUCGUCUUACACUGCAUUCUCGCGGCUGAUUCUAAUUCUGCGCGCUCUACACGUCAAUACCGAGAGAACUAAAGUCGUUCUUAAACCAGACAAAACUACCAUCACCGAACCGCAUCAUAUAUGGCCGUCGUUGACGGAUGACGAAUGGAUUAAAGUGGAAGUGCAGCUGAAGGAUCUGAUAUUGGCGGAUUACGGCAAGAAGAACAACGUCAAUGUCGCGUCGCUCACUCAAUCUGAGAUUCGUGAUAUUAUUCUGGGUAUGGAAAUCAGCGCACCAUCUGCGCAACGACAGCAGAUUGCUGAAAUUGAGAAGCAGACCAAGGAACAAAGUCAAUUGACCGCUACCACCACGCGAACGGUGAAUAAGCAUGGUGACGAGAUCAUCACCGCAACCACGUCCAACUACGAGACGCAGACUUUCAGCUCGAAGACCGAGUGGCGAGUACGUGCUAUUUCUGCGACUAACCUUCAUCUCAGAACGAAUCACAUCUACGUCUCAUCUGACGAUAUCAAAGAGACCGGCUACACUUACAUUCUUCCUAAGAAUGUGUUAAAGAAAUUUGUCACAAUCUCUGAUCUGCGAGCGCAGAUCGCUGGUUAUUUAUAUGGCAUCAGUCCGCCUGACAAUCCUCAGGUGAAAGAAAUUAGAUGUAUUGUAAUGGCACCACAAUGGGGAACUCAUCAAAUCGUUCAUUUGCCAAAUACACUACCUAACCAUCAGUAUUUGAAGGAGAUGGAGCCGCUAGGAUGGAUACACACGCAACCUAAUGAGUUGCCGCAACUCUCACCGCAGGACAUAUCCACUCACGCCCGGAUUAUGGCGGAAAAUUCCAUCUGGGAUGGCGAGAAGACUAUCGUUAUCACUUGCAGUUUCACGCCCGGCUCCUGCUCCCUCACAGCAUACAAGUUAACUCCGAGUGGUUUUGAAUGGGGUAAACAGAAUACUGACAAAGGCAACAAUCCUAAGGGUUACUUACCGAGCCAUUACGAAAAAGUACAAAUGCUUCUGUCUGACCGUUUUCUUGGCUUUUUUAUGGUGCCCAGUCAAGGUUCGUGGAAUUACAACUUUAUGGGUGUCAGACACGAUCCUAAUAUGAAGUAUGAGUUACAACUCGCAAAUCCAAAGGAAUUCUAUCACGAAGUGCACAGACCGGCCCACUUCCUCAACUUCUCAAGUUUGGAAGACGGUGAAGGCGUCGGAGCUGAUCGAGAAGACAUGUUUGCGUAAACUUUUAUGUAACAGGUUUUAACUGAUAGAAUGAUUGAAAGAAGUGCAGAAUGUGUAUAAGCAGCGAGAAUACAUCGUAAUGCUCUUUAUUUUUUAUUUUUUCGUCGUAUAGUAUACGUAGACGAUUACAAACACACAUACAUGUAAUAGUAAUAUGAAUACAGAUUAAGUCAUAUAUUUAAUGAUUACAGAUUUGUA